UUAUCUCGGAGUCAGAAAAACAAAAUGAAACUUAGUAAUCAGACCACUGAAGGCAUUUUCAUGACAGUGAACUCCUUUGUUGAUGUAACAAAGUACCUACUAAGUCAACCUGGUGUGGUUUUUAUAUUAUCUGAGAAAUUUAACCAGGACCCCUUGGAGAGCUACUUUGGAAACCAGAGGCAGAUGAAAGGUGGUAACGAAGCCCCAUCAGUUCUUCAGUUUGGAUAUUGUGCCAAUGCAUUAAGGAUGAAAACUUCAAAUCUGCUCAGAGUGCGUGGAAGUAACGUCAGGGGGCCAGUUGCUGAUGCUGAAGUUGACCAUACACCUUUACCAAAAAGACGCCGUUGAGGGUGAUGCUGCUAAGUGAACACUUUUUUAC